AUGAGCUUGGAGCGCAUAUCCAUCAAAGAGUUUUCCAGAAGCUGUUCUGCGCGGCUUUGCGGCGCUUGUUCCUCAUGCUUUUCAUGCGCAGGCAGGGGAAGCGCCAAGCGACGGAAGCUGGAGGAGAACGCGAAGCUCGAGAAGUGGCUGGCGGAGAAUGGCGUGUGGGUUUCGGAGGAUGCGGACUGGGGCCGACCUGCGGCGGGUGUGUCGAUGGCGGUGGAGACGCGCGAGCAAACUGAGAACGAAGUUUCAGGGCGUGGGCUGGUUGCGCGCAGGGACAUCGAGAAUUACGAGGAAUUGGCACGUGUCCCGUACAAGCUCCUCCUCACCAAGGAGAAGGCGAAAACGCUCUUUGGGGAGGAAUGCAUCGGCACCAACAUGAGCGAAUAUGCUGCAAUUGCUCUGCAGCUCGUGCACGAACGUUUCGUGCAGAAGGAGGAUUCUUUCUGGAAUCCCUACAUUGGCGUGCUGCCUUCUACCGAUGAGGUGGGAGCCGCCUUUGCUUGGAAUGAGGAGGAGCUGGACACGUUGCUUGCUGGGAGCCCUUUGAGGAACAUGUCCUACUAUUUGAAGGAUCAAAUCAAGAAGGAGUUUGAACACAUCCAGGAGACAGUCAUGCGAAAAUUCCCAGAUAUGUUUCCAGAAGAUGCAUUCAUCUUCGAAAAUUAUGUUUGGGCAUAUUCCGUUCUGUUCAGCCGCGCCGUGCGGCUCGACUUCCCCGAUGAUUUGGACGCCGACGACAUCGUGGCGCUGGUGCCCUACAUCGAUCUCAUCAACCACAACCCCAACUCGGAGUCUAGGAUUCGCGGGGUCGCAGAUGGGCCAAGUAUUCCUGGUAUCUCCACGCCGGAUCGCGGUGUCGUGGUGAGAUCGGACAGAUACUACAACAAGUAUGAACAGAUUUACAUCUCCUAUGGCCGGAAAUCGAACGCUCAGCUUCUGAUGCUGUAUGGCUUCAGCAUGGAGAGAAACACCCAGGAUUUUGUCACCUUUUCCACCGGACAAUUGCUGGAAGACAGCCCUUUUGCAGAGGUCAAGAAAAGGAUUUUGGAGGAGCUCGAGGUUCCUCCAGAGGGAGUGUUCCCGCUCUACCGCGAUCGCUUCACGGGCGAGAUGAUGAUGUUCCUCAGGUUAGCCGUUGUUCAGCCUGAAGAUGUGGAUUUAGACGAAGAUGCAGACGAGGUUAAGGUGUACAAGGCUUUGAAGCAACUUGACAUCAAGACUGCCACUGGGGAGGUCAGCGAGCGCCGCGCGCUGAUAUGCCUGCGCGGCGUUGUGCAGGAUUUGCAAGACGCUUAUCCGACAACUCUGCAAGAAGACGAGGCCUUGAUUCGUGAUCGACAGAUGUUUGAGCUCCUCCCGCGCAAUCAGCGGAACGCCCUGCGAGUCAGGUACGGGGAGAAGCUCAUCAUUCGCGCAUCCCUCGCCACAAUCGACCGUAUCCUGAACAACUUGGGCAGGCUGAAGCAGAUGGAAGUCGAAAAAGAGAAGAAGGAGAAAGAGAUGGCAAAAUCGGCCCUGGGGAGACUGAGCGUCUCCUUCGAAUCUCCGUUCAAAGCGCGAAACCUCGAGGAGCUGAUGAAGGAGCUGGACAUUUGA